AUGGCAGGAAAGGCAGGACACGAGGACAUGGCGAGCCUCUCAUACUUUGACCACUCGUCGGCCAAGCGCGUCAACACCGAUGUUGUGCUCAUCGAAGCUAUCCGCUCCCAGUACCCCCAACUCGACCUCAUCGUCGCGCCCCAAGGCAAGCUCAACCUGCUCGCGUACGCUUCGGCCGGCUUUGCAACCGUCACCCCCCUCGAUGACGUCGUCAAAGACCCCGUAUACGGCCCUGGUGUCAAGCAACGCAGCUAUGUCCCACCCUCGAGGAGACUCGACCCAUACCCGGGUCGCAUGAUCGAGCGCGUCAUCUUUGGCAAAUACCUGUACAAAUGGAAGGACCAGGAGGCCAUAGUGUACCUCGCUGAAGGGCGCGACGGCUUGGGAGCAUACCCAGCUCCUGUCAUGUACUACAUCCUGUCCAACGCGGAGCACAAGGUGGACGAGCUGAUCAAGGACGCGACCACGUGGGGCUCUGAACUACACAAUGAGGUAUGGGUCUUUGACGGGGGUUACUGGGAGAAGAGCGCCGAGCUGUACAACUCUGUGCAGAAAAGCAGUUGGGACAAUGUCAUCUUAGACGAGGAUAUGAAGAAGGCGCUGAUCGCCGACGUCGAAAACUUCUUUGAUGGUCGCCAGACCUACCAGGAUCUCAAGGUACCGUGGAAGCGUGGCGUCAUCUACUACGGUCCGCCAGGCAACGGUAAGACUAUCAGCAUCAAGGCUAUGAUGCACAGUCUUUAUCAACGCGGAAAAGAUGGCGACUCUAGGAUGGCUGUGCCUACCCUCUAUGUCCGCUCGCUGAGCUCUUUUGCUGGUCCCGAAUACUCUUUGCAAGCCAUCUUUGCCAAAGCCCGCCAGGAAGCUCCCUGCUACCUUGUUUUCGAGGACCUUGACUCGAUUGUCAAAGACAGUGUCCGGUCCUACUUCCUCAACGAAGUAGACGGUCUCAAGUCUAACGACGGCAUCCUUAUGGUUGGCUCUACCAACCACCUCGACAGAUUAGACCCAGGCAUCUCGAAAAGGCCGAGCCGCUUUGACCGCAAGUACUACUUCUCAAACCCCGACUACGAUCAGCGUGUUCAAUAUGCCAAGUUCUGGCAAAACAAACUCAAAGAUAACAAGAAUCUUGAGUUCCCUGACGAGCUGUGUGACAAGAUUGCAGAGAUAACACCAAAGUUUUCUUUUGCUUACAUGCAAGAGGCUUUUGUUGCCGCACUUCUGGCAAUCGCCGCUCGUGGAGGUAAGAGUGUUGCUGAAGCAGACCGUGAAGCAGAAAGGUGGUCGGGUCCUCAAGAUCCAAUGAAACUAGGUGAUGGUACUCUUCACGCCAACUUUGGCCGGAGAGCGCAUGUUGGUGACUCAAUUGACAUGGCAUCUGGAUCUGACUCAAAACUGGACAAGCUAGAGUUGUGGGUUGAGAUCAAAAAGCAAGUCAAGAUUCUCAAGGACGAGAUGCAAGAGGACAGAGGCGAGAGCAGCUUGGAAUUACCCAGUCGGCCAAGAGACUCGUACCCACAGCCACCGCAGUCGACCAAGUUCAGAGACGAGCUUGACGCUAUACUGCAUGGCGGGCAAGACAGGCGCCCCCGUCAUCCAUUGCCCGAGUUUGAGCAUUUUUCCAGUCACGCACGCUUUGAGUAA